AUGGAGCCUAAAGGUGGCGUAGGCAGUAGCAAUGGCAGCGGCGGCACGAGCAGCAAUCGACACCCGCUGAUCGGUCAGCUGCGGCCCAUCUUUCAAGAACUGGAGUCGGCCACGCCGCAGACGCUCCCCUCCGUCAUCCUCAAGCUAGAGUACGUGAUCGAGGAAGAGAAGGACGCUUUGUUUCACCGCAACUCCAUCAAGUCCUAUACUGCGAAUGCACGCACGUUCCCCAACUGGCUGAAUGCGCAGCUGCGACACCUAUUUGAGCAGCCGCAGACGCACAUGGCGGGCGUGCAAGUGCUACGGGCGCUGCUGCCAGUGGAGUACGUGGAGCUGAAUGAGAUGACGAAGCUCUUUUCGGAGCUGCUGGUGCGCUGCGUACUGGAGACGGCGGACUACAAUACAGCCGUGGAGGGGGGUGAGGUAUGGGGUUUGCUACUCAACAAUGGCAGCAGUGUAGUCGAGGGUAUCAUCAUCAACUGCUUACAGUUUUCGUUAGCCCUGCUGAUGCGCGGAGGGCACGAUGAGAUAUUCUUGCGCGAAGACGUGAGCCAUCGCGGCGUCGAAAGCGAAGUGACGGCUCGAUCGGCCAUGUCCCCCUUGGUGCACUCUUCGCAGCAGGGUGAGAAUGCGGCCCUCACGGAUGACGAUCGGUUCCCCAAGGCAACGAAGCUGUCGGGGUGCAUCUUCAUUCAGCAGCUGGUGCGCCGCGUGCCAUCGACGAUCGCGCCACAUGUGAACAACAUUCUUGAGUGCCUGCGCCGUGCGAUCCUCGACUCCAACAAGCUUGUGCGCGUGAGCGGAGGCGACGCGCUCUUUCACACGUUGGCCAUUUCCUAUCGCUCCACCGACCCGAAAUUCUAUAGUCGCUGGCAGAACACAUUUCUCGAAGACGCGGGGCGGAGCGUCAUGUACGGCAGCGACGUUGUCCUGCAUGGCUGCCUGCUGGCCUUCAAUGCCGUGCUCUCCGCGACGGCAUCGCGUGAGGCGGAAGGGCGAGCAGUCGGCUUCUCCAACCAAGGGCGAAAGCACAUUCUGCAGUUUUGGACGUUUAUCAACGACAACCUGGUGCGCACCUCGCACAACAGCGACGUGCGCGCCGAAGUGCUUAACGCGCUACCGCUGCUGGCUCAGUACGACAGCACUACCUUCAAAGAGAUCUCGGUGAAGCACGUGCGUGCGCUGGCGGCGGUGGUAUUUGUCGGCACGGAAGGCAAGGAUGAGCGGGCAAUGGUGUUUCAGGUGCUCGCGCGGCUCUUCACGGUGCUGCCCAGCCUUGUCGUGCCGUUCCUGGACUUUAUGAUGAAGUACAUCGAGGCAUCGCUGACACCGCAGCCUCUCCGUGACCGCUGCCCUGAGGCCGUGACAUGCUUCGCCACGCUCUCUAGCGUAGAGCCGAACGCGGUACGCCCCUUCCUGCGGCCCCUGCUUGGGCCCCUCUUCGCCGGGUCGGUGACGGAGCACUUUGCGCGCGACGUGGCGAAGAUCUGCACGGCCUUCCCAGAGCUGCGGUCGACGUGCUUGUCGAAGGUUCUCGAGGCAACAAAGGAACAGUUGCUACGCAUGCGUAACCGGCCCCGACACACCAGCGCGUCCGGCAAGACGGACCACAGUGCUAUUGUACGCAGCCUUAACUCUCUCGGGAGCCUCGACUUUACGGGGUACUCGACGUUGCAGUUCUUGUGCGACGCCGUUAUUCGAUACGUGUCAGACCCACACGAGGAGGUGCGCCGGAGCGCGAUCGAUCUGUGCUUCAAGCUGGCCCUCUCCGGCUGCUCUCAGUCGCCGUGCGAGCGCACAGCCGUCGGUGUCGUGAUUCACCGCGGUCGGGAGCACUUGGGCCUGGUGAACACCGUCAUCCGGAAACUGGUGAGCGCGGCUGUUGCGGACACCGAGAGCGAUAUCCGCCUGCACACGCUGGAGCACCUGAGCACGGAGUUUGACUACUCACUGGCUCUGCAGGACAUCUGCACGGCGCUGUUCCCCGCCCUGCACGACCACCACCAGAACCGCAUCGCAGCCGUUCUUCUCCUGGGCCGCCUUUCCAGUCGCAACCCGUCAUGCAUCCUUCCUAUGCUGCGUUGCGUGAUGGUGCAGUGCAUUAUGGACAUUCAGCUCUUCCACGAACCGAAGCGGCAGGAGCAGGCUGCGGUGGUGCUGAGCGCGGUGGUGGAGUCGGCGCCUGCGAUGGCACGCCCGUACAUCUCGUCUCUGUUGCAGGACUGCGUAACGCGGCUGCAGGAGGAGAACAAGCCUAUUCCGGUGAUCACGGCGCUCUUGUCGCUUGUCGGGAAGCUCGCGCGGUACGCGGAGGACGACGACGUGGCUGUGGUGGCCGCCAUUCGACCGUGCGUCAUUCGGCACAUCCUCGACUCGUCCAGCAUCCAGAAAAAGAUCGAGGCGAUUCGCGCUUUGGGAGAUAUCAUCCGCACCACAAAGGACGUCGAUGUGUACGAGACAAAUCCCGAGCUGCUGCGCGUCCUUCUCUCCGCUCUCCACGGCGGUUUCAAAGAAACGUGGCCGGUGAGACUGGAUGUGUUGAAGCUGAUGGGAAUUAUUGGCGCCGUCGAUCCUGUUCGUGCCAAGGAGAUCACGCGGCACUUGCGGGAUGGAGGCCUGAGCAGCAGUGGCGCGGCUGCCCCUGCCGCGUUGCAGCUUUCCUCCUCUCGCGGGGAAGAGGCGAUCGCGCAGAAUGUCGUCAAAAACGUGCUCGGCGUCCUGCAACUGCCAUGCUUAUCGGAUGACCAGUGCCUCUGUGCGGUGCAGGUGAUCGCUAACACGCUGUCGCUCAAGGAGGCGGCGAGCGGGUGUCUGACCCCGAUGUAUCGCGACAUUCUCCAUACUGUUAUUCAGCAAAUCACUCUUCAGGCUAAGAUACGCGAGAACCUGUUCGGGCUGAUGACGCAUAUCGUGUAUCUUUACGGCCAGCACAUUCGCCCAUACCUGGACGAGCUCAUCAGCACGUGCGUCGGCUUCCUUCCUGCUGCAGAGCGUGGCGUCCUUGUGGAGAUACUGUGUCUGCUGAGGGAGAUGCGCCGCUCGCUCCGUGAAGAGUUCAGCCCUUCGCUCUCGCUGGUGCUGCCACCGCUCAUCCAGACGGUGGAGGUGGACGCCGCGCACUCCAGCGAGCCUGUCUUCGCCUUCCUGAUAGAGAUGGGGCAUUUACUCGACGACCACCUCCACAACGUCGUGCCCUGCGUCUGCGAGGUAGCAAGCAAUCCUGCUUAUCCGUUGGCGUGCCGCGCGGCGGCCGCGGACGCCAUUCGCCACUUUGCUCGCCGACUGCCGCGUCUUGUGUUUCACGCGUCGCGCUGCGUGCACUGUCUAUGCCGGGUGCUGAGGGAGAUGGAGUCGCAUCCCCUGCUGUUUGAGCAGCAACCAGGAGCAUCCGAGGAGGCGGCGCAGCGCCGCCCUGCUGCCGAGCUAGCGGCUAGCGGAGACACGACGGCUUCAGACGUGCGCAGUUUCGUCGCCGUUACCCUGGACGCAGUGCGCAUCGUUAGCCGCAACCUCGGUAGCGACUUCGAGAAGUACACCCCCCUGGUGUUCCCACUGCUGGACGGCUACGGCCAGAAUGGGCAGGAUGUGAAGGCAUUCACGCUCAGCACUCUGCGCACGAGCGGCCGCGUGGUGGCACCCGAGAACGCUCAGGCGCAAGAGGAGGAGACCGCUGCCCGGUAUCGCGUCAACACUCAGCAGCUGGCUCAGCGGCGCAAGACCGCGCUGGAGGAGAACUUUGCGCAGCUGCGCAGCAUCCUUGUCGCGCGCGACCGAGAGACCGAGGAAGAGUGGAACUUGUGGCUGAAGCAGCUGGCAGUGGAGCUGCUACGGUCGAGUCCCUCGAACGCGCAUGGCUUCGCCUUUGCCCUAGCUCAGCUCCACGAGCCCUUUGCCCGGCAAAUGCUGCACUCCGCCUUCGCUGUAUGCUACGCGGAAAUGGAGCCGCACACGAAGGAGGCGGUUCGCGCUCUUCUCGGCAACGUGCUCCGCAGCGACCGUGUGCCGUCCGAGGUGCUGCAGGAGCUGCUGAACCUGUCUGAGUACAUGGAGCGACUGGAGAUGCGCUUUAACCCGAAGGAAGGCUCGCACAGCACGUAUGCCGGGCUGCUUUUCGACUUGAAGACGCUGAUGGGGAGCAGCGAGCGCUGCAACUUGUACGCCAAGGCGCUGCAUUACGUCGAGAUUCAGUUCUACGAGGCGACGUACGAGUACGAGCGCAACGUGAUGCGCGGUCAGGUGCACCCGCUGCCGCCUGAGGAGUGGAGAAAACUUGUACAGUGGUGCGAGAAGAGUAUUUACCUGUGCAACCUGCUGGGACUGCGCGAGAGCGCCGAAGGCAUGCUCAAGUACAUCCAGCGCAAUUUUUCGUUUCUGACCGGCAAGCCUCCGUCAGAGUUGCCGCUUAUGAUGGACGCGCAGCUCCUCGAGAAGCUGCAGUGGUGGUCUCAGAGCUUGCGGGCGUAUGAGAAGGGCCUGCAGGCGGAGCCGAACAAGUUCAGCAACAUGGUCGGCCUCAUGCGCUCCCUCGACAACCUCGGCGACUACGGUCGGCUGCUGGAGUCGUGGAAGCUCUUCUACCCCCGCGUCACGCGUAAGGAGGCCUCUGAGCUGGCCCCGUAUGGUGCCCACGCAGCGUGGCUGCUGCGGUGCUGGGACGACAUGGAGAAGAUCACAGCCUACAUGACAGAUGAUGGCUACGUUGGCACGACCGCUGUCUUUUACCGAGCGGUGCUCGCCACCCACAAGCUUAAGUUCCACGACGCCGUACCGGUGAUUCAAAACUGCCGCAAGCGACUCGACUCGACGCUGUCGGCACUCGUGGCGGAAAGCUACGACCGUGCCUACGGUCUGUUUGUUGGUAUCCAGCAGCUCAGUGAGCUGGAGGAGUUCGCGUUUGUCGCUGACAACCCGCAGGGCCUCAACCACUGGCAGGAACUGUGGGAGAAGCGGCUGGCUGCCAUGGCCUACGAAGGCUGGCCGGGCACGCUUGCGAACCACACGCUUGUCAUCCCACUGGCGCAGGAGCUGGAGAUGUGGCUGCGGUUCGUGUCGCUGUCGCGCGUGCACGGUCGCGACCGCACAUCGCGCGACAUCCUGUUCGAGCUUCUGGGCAAGCAGACCAUUGCGGCCGCGCUGGAGCAGCCGCAGCUGCCGCAACCCCCAAUUGCCCUCGCCGCCUGCCAGCACUUCUACGACAUCAACGAGCGCGAAAGGGCGGUCGAGCUGCUUGAAACGUACCUGAAGAAGAUGGAUCCGGCAGCCCCCUCGCUGCUGAGCAUCGGGGGCGGUCAAGCAAACCUGGCCAUGUGUCAUGCAAAGCUGGCGAGCUGGCUCUUCACCGUGGCGAAGAAAAAGCGGCAGAACGUUGAUGCGCGCUACCGCGAGUACAUCCGUCACCACCUUGAGAAAGCAACCAGCCUCGACAGCACCAACGGCACGAUUUGGCACACGUGGGCGCGGUUCAACCACGACCUUGUCACACACCGCUCCCGCGGUGCGGCGAGCGAGGUUCGCCGAGACGAGCACGUUAAGCACAUCGUGGCUGCCAUGGACGGCUACGUGCGGAGCGUGUCCUGCUCCCAGGAGCUCGAAGACAUGCUAGGGUUUCUCUCCUUGUGGUUCAUUCAUGCCGCGCUGCCGCAGGUGCAAGAGAAUGCGGCGCUGCAGGCGGAGAUUCUUCAGGUGAGCCCGACAGUGUGGCUCAAGGUUCUUCCCCAAAUCAUCGCCCGCUUGCACUCGCGCGACGCCGUUGUGUCAGAGUCCGUCUUUCAGCUGCUCACCAUUGUCGCCAAGGCGCACCCGCAGGCGCUCCUGUACAACCUCAAUGUCACGCUGAACUCCAGCGUGCGGAGUACAGAGAGCAACACGACGGAGCAGAUGGAGCGCAAGCAGGCGGCACAGCGGUUGCUCGGCCGCAUCAAGGAGAUGCACAACAAUGGCCGCACGAUGGUCAAGGACGCCGCCCUUGUCUGCCAGGAGCUCGUGCGGUGCGCAGUGCUAUGGACGGAGCUGUGGUUUGAUGAGCUUGAGCGAGCGUGGUUUCAGUGGGGGCGUGACAAGAACGCCCACAACGUAUUUCUUGUCCUUCAGCCGCUGCUCGAGCAGCUGUCGCACCCCAACACCCUCGCCGAGUCGCACUUUGUGACCGAGUUCGGUGAGCUACUUGGUGGCGCCUGCGAGUACGUGGAGAAGGCUGCGUCGACCGGCAACAAUGUCUACAUGGAGGAUGCGUGGAACCGCUUCAAGACGGCUGUCAAGCGGAUGGAUGAGCAGAUCAACGGUAUGACCUCACUUGCCCUUCAGCUCGUGAGCCCGCGUCUGAUGCAGAGCGGCAAGGACCUGUCGCUUGUGGUGCCGGGGCAGUACAACGAGGCCGGCGUGUACCCGCGCAUCGCCUCCUUUCAAAGCACGUUGAGAGUGAUGAACUCCAAGCAGCACCCGCGUCGCCUUUAUAUGACCGGCACGGACGGCGUCUUGUACAAGUUUCUCCUCAAGGGUCACGAAGAUCUGCGACUCGACGAGCGCGUCAUGCAGCUGCUAGCUUUCGCGAACACACUGCUGGAGAAGCACUCGACUAUCCAGCGGCGUGACUGCAUGAUCCAGGUAUUCUCUGUCACCCCUCUCAGCGAGAAUGCGGGGCUGGUUGGGUGGGUCGACAACUGCGACACACUGCAUCAACUCAUUAAGGACUACCGUGUGCACUCCAAGUACCUCUCCAUUGAGAUGAACCUGAUGCUGAGCUUUAAUGUCGACCUGGAUCGACUUCAGGUGAUUCAACAUGUUGAACCGUUCGAGUUUGCACUGGAGCAGACGGAGGGCACCGACCUCGCCAACUCGUUUUGGAUGCGCGCGCCAAGCGCUGAGUCGUGGUUGGACCGGCGCACCACUUAUGUAUGCUCGCUUGCCACCAUGUCCAUGGUUGGCCACAUUUUGGGCCUGGGCGACCGCCAUCCGUCGAACCUGAUGAUCCACUCGUUCAGCGGUCGCGUCGUGCACAUCGACUUUGGCGACUGCUUCGAUGUGGCGCAAAACCGCAGUGCGUUCCCAGAGAAGGUGCCAUUCCGACUAACUCGAAUGCUAGUCAAGGCCAUGGAGAUGGGCGGCAUCGACGGACUCUUCCGCCACGGCUGCAUCACGGUGAUGGGUGUGCUGCGCGAGGAGGGUAGCAGCAUUCUGGCUCUGCUGGAGGCUUUCGUGCACGACCCGCUUGUGUCGUGGUGGCGCGACGAGUCAGAAGACGGGGCGACCGCAUCUGCUGCCGCCGCCUCGGCGGCGCUGAGCAGCAGCAUGCCGUCUGCCGGCGCGGAUGCGGCACUCGGACACUAUUCGCAGCGCGCCGCCUACGCGGCCAUUGGUGAGUCCUUUCACAAGUCCCGCACCGCCUUUGCCUCUCGCACGCCGGCGUCGCGCUCCUUGGCGCCGCGUGGUCGCUUCUCGCACGCACCACAGACCUCGAUCGCCUCUAGCCCCUCUGCUCCGCCUCCCUUAGUCUCCGAUCGGUCGUCAGACAUUUUAAGCAACGUGUCAGACAAUCACACCAGCGAAGCGAAGAAAGUGGUCAAUCGCAUUCGCAAAAAGCUCGAGGGCCGCGAGUUUGCCGCGUGGCAGCUCCAGGCGAGUGCCUCGGCGCACGCGGCAGAUGACGUAGGUGUGGCCAUGAAGGGGCAGUCGGAAGAGGACCCGAUGACUAGUGUUAGCUGGGGCAGCGCCGCGUCUGCAGCACCGAUGGCGAGCGGCGAAGACGGGCUUUCCGUUCAGGCGCAGGUGAGUCGGCUCAUCUCGGAGGCCACCUCCAACGAGAACCUGUGCGUCCACUUCCAAGGCUGGUGCCCGUUUUGGUGA